CUUUGUGCAUUGCGUAGAAAAAGCUUCCAACAGGACCUGAUGAUGAAUCAGUUCAUGGCCAUGUUAAAGGAGAACGAAAAUGUGCAUCCCCCACCCACCAAGCUGUUGGAUCUAGCAGGACAGCUUUGCCAGGAGCUCCAGAGCUCAUCUCCCGAUCUGGAGAAGCUGGUUGAAGCUGUGAUGGGAUGCAAGAACAAGAGAUAUUUUCUCACUAACGUCCAUGUUGUCCGGGCUUGUGUGUCCGUUCAUAUCCAUAAUGGGCAACAUGAUGCAGCCUGCAGACUCCUGGAGUAUUGUGAGGCAGAAGAGAAGGAAGAACUGGUGCAGCUUUGGCAUGAGAUUCACUACGGGAGGGCUAUGGAGAAACUCCAGACAGGUUCUCUGACACCACUGCAGAAAUUCCGCAGCAGGAAGAGGAAUCCUCCACCUGUUUCCCUUUGUCCUGAAGGUUUGAAGAAUCGAAACUAUUCAGAUGAAGUUCGUCAGCGUCUGCGCAGGUUUGCUGCAGAGGUGACAGCAAAUCCAAACCAGAAACAGCGGGAGGGAUUGGCUCGGGACAUGAACCUGCAGCCAACUCAGAUCUAUAAUUGGUUUGCAAAUUAUCGACGACGUCAAAAAKCCCGCCUCUGUCGUAUGAAAGAGCUCAACAAUUCCUGUCCUGAGAGGGCUUUGACUUUCCACACAAAUGAGCUGCAGGAUAAAGGAACCAACACUCCACAAACUGCAGAUGGAUCUCAUGUGAGCAUCGGCCCUGAGCAAAUGGAGRUAACCCUUAUGCCCUGUGAGCCAGGAUGGGAGCAGUCAGCUGCACCUCUGUAUAGACCUCCCGAAGGAAGUUAUUUAAAGAUGCUGGAAUCCAGCAAUAUAGAGAGCACUGAUCUGCAUGAAGCUGGAGCAAGCAUGGCUGUGUUCACCACUCACAACACUGAACAAGCUGUACCUUUUGGCACCGAGGCUGUGAUGGAGCCAGGAAGCUGCUUUGGCUCCCCUGUGCUGCUGCCUGGAGAAGCAGAGAGCAGCGCUGCUGUCAGCCCCCAGCAGGGGAGCUUUUUCUUGCACUGUUACGAGUCCCCUCCCUUCCCGAGUGAUUGCCUGCCCAUGUGGCAGGCCUCUUACAGCRCCACAGAAAUCUCUGCCUCCGUGUGGAUCCCAGGUGCAGAAGCAGGUAUGACAGAUCCCUUGAGCACAGUCCCUCAAGGUGGCUGUGUUGAAGCCAGUUCAGGAACAACCAUUCAGGUGUCAAAUUUAGAGGCUGAAAGCUUCAUCCUUAGAGAAGGACAGCUAGGGACCCUGGAAUCUGUUCCCCACAGUUCCUCUCAGGCUGUGUUUGRCAAUCUUCAGUGCCCACCUGUUUCUGCACCCUACGUGGAAGAAAGCCAAGCCUUGGGACAAAGCCAGGUAAGAGAACACACCUAAUUGAGAGCUGCUGGGGAAAACCUUUUCAAAAGAGAUUAUGAAAAGCGGGAGGCCGUCCUGGAUGAUCCAGCUCUUCACUCACUACCCGAUGAGACGUUCCAGGCAGUGUGCCUGCUCUUUGAAUUUUCUGCCAGCGCACGGAUGUGA